AAGAUGAAUCCACAUCUCCUCUUUCGCAUCUCCACUUUUCCCGCUCUAAGCAGGAAAAGCUCUCUUCUCUGAUUGGUUGGUUUAACUAAGAAGAAAAGUAAAAAAAGUUUGAGUGAAGGUAUAGUUAGAUGGAAUAGAGAUCUUUUGACUAAAUAUUUAGGUCUUAUCAAGAUUGUGUAUGACAUCCGCUUCGUGGUAUUUGAUUACGAAUCUCCCUCGUGAGAAGGGAGUUCUUGCAGAAGAAACGGAAAACAACAAUCCAAAAUGGACGGUGAGCGAGAUGGAAAAAUUCAUGAGGGAGCAGAGCGAAUCAAGCGUCAGUCUUGGACUCAUCUCGCAACCGUCCCUGAUAACCAGCGACAGGUCCAAACAUGGCAAAAACAACAUCCCAGAUAUUUCUCAAAUCGGAGAGAUGAUGGAGAUAGUAGCAUCCGAGAGCAGUCCAUCUUGGGCAUCCAGCAGCACUGGAAACACUCCGUCCUUUGGCAGUGGGGGGAAUACAUUCGAAUUCAACAGCAAGGUGGAAGACAGAAACACCCCUGUGAUCACCACGACUAAGUGCACCCCACACUCCACCCCAGAAAAUAGAGGGAAUCGAAUAAACUCGGAAGAUUUGACACUGACUGCAACGACGGAUCUUCUGGAUGCUUUGGAUCAUGGACUAGAAUUAUCUCUUUCCAAGCCAAGGAAAUCUAGAAAAGAUUCAUCGAGUAGUGACAAAGGUCCAAGUAAUUCUGGAUCACAUGGUGGAACACCCAUCAAAACCAGUAAAUUGAGUAAAUUGCUAAGAAGGACUCAUAGUGCUGGUGGUCCAAAAGAUGUUUCAAGCCAGUCGCACUAUUCAAAAAACAAAACACCCGUUACGAAAACCAAAUCUGCAGAUUCGGCUCCGUGUUGCCGCGACGAUGGAGACGAAAAGCAAAAAAAGAACAGAAAAACACUGGCCCAAGACAUGAAGAUGCGCUUAAGUUUCCUGCGUAGGAGGCACACAGAUAGCUCGCUUCAACCAUCUGUCAGACCAACACCUGAGGAAGCGCACAAAUGGGCAGAAUCCUUUCAAGAAUUGACAAACAGCAAAUAUGGGUUGUCCUUGUUUCGAGCAUUUCUUUCACGUGAGUUUAGUGAUGAAAAUAUAGACUUUUGGUUGGCUUGUGAAGAUUACAAACGCUGUAGAGUAAACAAAUUAGCGUCAAAAGCUAAGAAAAUUUAUGAUGAUUACCUAGCUGUUUCUGCUCCAAAAGAAGUAAACCUGGAUUCUUCUAUUCGCAUCGACAUUCAAUCCCACCUCCAAAACCCAGAUAGGCAGUCUUUCGAUUGCGCUCAAAGGCGGAUACAGGGUUUGAUGGAACAGGACGCCUACGUCAGGUUUCUGCAAUCAGAUCUGUAUACAGACCUGGCGCAAGGAAACUCUCAUACAUCUAGUUGAAGACAUUUAAACAGUCUUUAAUGUCUUUUCAAACAUUCCCAUUUGUUGGAACUCUGACAUCAUUUGAGUAUUUAAAAAAAAAUCUUAUUCAAGCUCUCUCUUAGGAUGUAUUAUUAAUGUUGUAUUAUUUUAUGCUCAUAUCUAUGUUCUUUUUAAAUAACUUUUCAAAAAAAAAAAUUUUUUUCUGAAGCUUUUCAAAACGUCUUUAUCCACUUGCUUUAAUAUGCAGUUAUGACAGCUAACCAGUUAAUUCAAAAGAAUAUUAUUUUAUUCAACUUAUUUUUCAAUUGGAACGAAAUAGUUUUUAUUACAAAUGAAUUUUACAUUAUCCUUAUAAAAUUACGUUAGUUUAAUUAUUUAUAAGUUUAAAUAUUUCUUAAUAAUUAAUAUUAUGAUAAAAUUCUUUUUCAUCAUUUAGCACUUUGUUUAAACAUCCUAAGAGUGAUUAGUAGAACAAGGUUUUUUAUCUUUUUGUUGAUGUUUUUUUUCUUUUUGGAAAUCUCAUUGAAAGAUCUAAAGAUCUUUUGUUUUCAUAAUAUGGUAGAUCGCAUCGAUGCCUGUACAUUAUUUCAUGUGACAUAUGUAUUAUUUAUAUGAUGUAUUUUCUUAAAGGCAAUGUGUGUGCUCUUAAAAAAUACAGUAGAAGAUGCUUGUCUUCGUCAUGAGUUACAGCUUAAUGCUGAAUGAUUGUUUUGGCUCUUAUAUGAUUAAUUUUGAUACACCGUGAUGAUAUAGAAUUCAGUUAGAAUAUUUUUAUGCUGUUAAAAAUACAUAUGCUCAUGUUCUUAGGUCAUAAAAGCGUGAGCCUUUGGUAAUUAAAUUGCACCCUAUGUAUUGUUUUUUCUUCGACACAAGUUACGGUCUAAUGCAGAAUGAAUGUAUAGCUCUUAUAUGAUUAACUUUGAUACACGUGAUGAUAUAGAAUUGAGUAAGAUUAUUUUCAUGCCAUGAAAAAAACAUACACAUGUCCGUGCUUUUAUGUCAUAAAACCAUGAGCCUUUGGAUAUUGAGUUGCACCUUAUUAAUUGUGUUUCUUCGACAUAAGUUACAGUUUAAUGCUCAAUGAUUGUUUAGGCAAUUAUACAAUUAAGUUUUAUACAUAGUGAUAAUAAGAUGAUAUAGAAUU